AUGACUUUUCCUGUAUAUGUUAGCGAAGCUGAAGCUAAAGUAAGUUAUUAUUUUUUAAAAAUUUUUUUUGCUUUUAAAAUUAAUUUCAACCCGCGUAAGUUUAUCUUUGAUCUAAAAUCUAAAAAAAACCUUUUUUAUACCUAAAACUUUUGUUUUUAAACCUUAAGCUUGCUUCUUUGAACCUGAUUUUAUAUCUAAAAUAUUAUUUUCAAGCUCAAAAUGAAUUUCGAAGCCUAAAAUUUCAUUUUCAAGUUUGAAAACUUACUUUUAUACCUAAAUUUAGGCCUAAACAUACGUUUUCUAAGCCUAAAACCAGUUUCUUUACCUAAAACUUAAUCCAAAACGUAAAUUUACUAUUUCGAUCAAAAAAUUCAUGGUACUCUAUAUAAAAACAUUAAAAAGUAAAAUAUGUAUUAUAAACUUACUUUAGAGACUGAAAAAAGUACAGGCAGAAGCAGUCAGACGCCAGAGGACAACGGCAGAAAUUGGCAAGAUGAAGGAGUUAUUGUACGAAUUGAAGCCAGAGUUAAAGUUGAUGGGAAAGAAGAUGGACCAAGUUGAAGUUUUAAACAGAUUUCUCGAACUUUACGAUGAACUUGAUCACCAACUUCUCAUGGCUGAGCGUCGUAAGUUUUUCUUUAUUUUUUGAGGCGAAGGGGUUGGUCAAGCCUUUUUCAUUUUAUGUUAAGGUAUAAUAAAAAUUUUAAACAAAUCUUUAUCUUAAAACAAGGUUCGUAUUUCCAUUUUUUUCAGGAAAAACCGAGCUCGAGAUCCUGAUGAGCAAUAACAUAGAAGAAGAAGAGGUCAUGAGAACACCUUUGUCCCGCAAGAGGAAGGUCGAUCAAUUUGAGCUGUCAGAACAUGCCGCCUUUUCUACUACGACUUACAGGGCAAAGAAGCAAAAGAUGAGUGGUUUUAGCAUUGAUUCACUGUUAUCAUAA